AUGGACUCUCUUACCACACACCCCGCGAACGCUCAACAGGCUAAAGCCUUCACCUCACCUGCAUCCUUGUCAUUCCCUGGUGGAGCCGGAGACCUGACCCCACCGUCUGAGAAAGAUGGACAGAACCAGGACGCGAAGAUGAAUGGUCAACAGCAAGGUAGUAGCCAGCAAGGUAAUGGGGUGACUCCUGCCACGCCCGCUGCUACUCCUGGUGCUGGUCCGGGUACAAGUGGUAUUGUUCCAACUUUGCAAAACAUCGUCGCUACUGUCAAUCUUGAUUGUCGUCUGGACCUCAAGACUAUCGCGCUGCACGCUCGCAACGCUGAGUACAACCCGAAGCGAUUCGCGGCUGUUAUCAUGCGUAUUCGCGAUCCCAAGACGACCGCUCUCAUCUUUGCUUCUGGCAAGAUGGUGGUCACUGGUGCCAAAUCGGAAGAUGACUCGAAGCUUGCUUCUCGCAAGUACGCUCGGAUUAUCCAGAAACUGGGCUUCAAUGCCAAGUUCACCGAUUUCAAGAUCCAGAACAUCGUCGGCUCGUGCGACAUCAAGUUCCCGAUCCGUCUGGAAGGUCUUGCGUCUAAGCAUCACAACUUCAGCUCCUAUGAGCCUGAGUUGUUCCCUGGUCUCAUCUACCGCAUGAUCAAGCCCAAGAUUGUCUUGCUUAUCUUCGUGAGCGGCAAGAUCGUCUUGACUGGUGCCAAGGUCAGAGAAGAGAUUUAUCAGGCCUUCGAGUUGAUCUACCCCACGCUUUCUGACUUCCGCAAGGUCUGA